AUGCAAUCUCCGGUCAGUUCUCCGGAACUGUAUAAUCAUCUUCGGAUUCCACCCUCAUCAAGCCGAAUCCUGCAGGACGUUCCGUGCAAGGUAUGUCGCGAUUUCAGUUCCGGCAAGCAUUACGGCAUCUACGCAUGCGAUGGAUGCGCCGGUUUCUUCAAACGGUCCAUCCGCCGAAGCCGGCAGUACGUUUGCAAGUCAAAAUCGGAGAUUCCGUGCAUCGUCGACAAAACGCACCGAAACCAGUGUCGAGCUUGCCGGUUGAAAAAAUGUUUCGAAGCCGGCAUGAACAAGGAUGCCGUCCAGCACGAACGAGGCCCCCGCAGUUCGACACUGCGCAAACAAAUGGCCAUGUACAUCGGCAAGGAUACUACCCUGCGGCACCACGAUCUGAUCAUCCCGCCGUCGCAUCAUCAUCCACUGUCGCAAACAAUGGGGCUGGACUUAAGCCUUCCGAGAAAUACCUAUUACAAUCCGCAUCCGAUGAUUCCUCCGAUGUUGCUCGCCAACAUACACCAACCAGGACUGGCCGUCGUCGAUGCCGUCCGAGAAGCUGCAGCUCAGCUUCUGUUCAUGAAUGUGAACUUUCUAAAAAAUUUGGAUCACUUCACACAGCUCCCGAUGGAAGAUCAACUGACACUGUUCGAAGAAUCCUGGCGCGAAUUUUUCAUUCUGGCCGUCGCUCAGUAUAUGCUGCCGGUUAACUUUAACCAAUUGCUAUUAGCAUAUGGAUACGCGAACGAAAAUCGAGCGGAACCCAUCCCCGAUUCUAUAAUCCGUGAGAUCGAGAUUUUCCAGGAUAUCCUCGCACAGCUAGCUGCCUUCCGAGUGGACAACAACGAGUUUGUCUAUCUGCGGGCCAUCGUUCUAUACAAAACCGAAUUUGACCCAGAGACCAGCAUAUCCAGCAGCAGCAGUGAAGGAUCGGAUGUGAUUUCAUCUACCACCAGAUCAAUCCAGGACGUUGGCACUGUCCGUGCCCUAGAAGAAAAUGCCAAGCAGGCGCUAGCCGCUCACAUCCGCGCUUGCCACCCGGCCCCGGACGAACGAUAUCGCAUGUUGAUGCAAUUCUUGCCUACGCUCAAGAACGUCUCCGCCCACACCAUCGAGGAACUGUUUUUCCGACGCCACAUCGGACCGGCUCCUCUGCUUAAAUUACUGUUGGAUUUGUACCGCCAAAAAUAG